GGCACCUGCUCCGGGGUGUUUACCGGACACGCACCGCUGGAUCCACGCUCCGUGGACCUGUGAGAAGUUUCCUGAUAGUUUGAUUUCUGAGGGGAGGAUGCUCAGCCUGGAGAACAUUUCCACCACGCCCUGAUUCUGGAGAACUUCUCCAGCUUCUCUCACUCUGAUGGACUCACUUAGUUGAUGCUCCAUCUGCAGAUCAGACCAGGAAGGAACCAGCAGCUCUGAACAGCAGCAGAGACCAGAGCUUCUCCCCCCGCAGCCCCGGCUCUCCACCGGGGGACUCCACCGGGGGACUCCACCGGGGGACUCCACCGGCCUUCCCCGCGGUCCGGGCGCCAUGAAGCGGCCGUGUGAGGACAGCAGCUCGGCGGAGGAGAGCAUCGAUGUGGGCUGUGAGAGCCUUCAUCCUGGCGUUGUUGUGCAUCAGGACGAUUUGCUCUGCAGACACAUGAAGGCGUCUUUAGUCAGAUGUGGGUCUCCAACAACGACGACUCCGGUGACAGCGAGGAAGAAACGCAGAGGAAUCAUCGAGAAGAGACGACGGGAUCGGAUCAACAACUGUCUGUCAGAGUUACGCAGACUCGUGCCAACAGCCUUUGAGAAACAGGGUUCUGCUAAACUGGAGAAGGCUGAGAUCCUCCAGAUGACUGUGGACCAUCUGAAGACGCUGCAGGCAACGGGAGGAAAAGGUUACCUGGACGCCCACCUUCUGGCUCUGGACUUCCUGUCUCUGGGGUUCAGGGAAUGCGUGGCGGAGGUUUCCUGCUACCUGAGCGCCGUGGAGGGCCUGGACUCCUCGGACCUCCUGCGCUCCCGCCUCCUCUCCCACCUGGGCUCCUGCGCCUCCCAGCGUGACGCCGCCGCCCUGGCCGCCGCCUCCCGCCUGCAGCCGUUCCCUCCCCCGCUGCACCCCCUCCACUGGACGGCCGCCGUGGCCGCGCUGCGCCCCCUGCCCUACGCGCUCAGCGCGCACCCAGCGCCUCCGGAGGCUGCAGGGAGCAGUGGCGCCCCCCAGAGGCUGGUGGAGCAGCCGCAGCACAGCGUGACCUCCUCCACCGCCUCUUCACCUUCCUCCUCUUCCUCAUCUCUGGUGCUCCCCUGCACCCCCACCCUGCACUCCGGCUCCCUCUUCUCCUUCUCCGCGUCGUUUCCCAUCGCUCUCCAAGGAGGCGUUCCUUUCCUCCCUCCCUCCUCCUUCACCUCCACCGUUGCUGCCACCAGCCCUCCCGUCUCCUCCUCUUCCUCCUCUUCCUCCCACAGCAGCAGUAAACCCUACCGGCCGUGGGGCACUGAGGUGGGGGCGUUCUGACGCCUGCAGCGUUCUCUUCAUUCAGCCUCCAGGUGCUUUUAGGUUGUCCUCCAGCAGCUGCCAUCCUGAUGAAGCCGCUGCUGACACCGGAGUCUUCCUCAUUCUGGACCUUCACCAGAAAAAGAUUCUGGGGUGUUUUUAGGCGCACAGACAGAACUGGCGGUUCUGGACCUCGUGCAAACAGAGACAGAUCCUUCAGAACCAGCGUCAGCCGCUGGGCUUGACGAUAAAAACCACGGAUGUCACAAGAGUAACAAGAACUGACACUUUUCUGGGAUUUUCUUCACUUUUUAAUCUAAAAGCAUUUAUUUUAGAUCCUGUAGAUGUUCUGUGGUUUGUUUAAAAAAAAGUCUCCAGACUCCAUCGUGAAAACAAACCUCUCUGUUUGGGAAAGGUAACAAAAACCCUGCUGCAUAAGUUUGCACUCCAGGGUUAUUGUACCGGUACCAGAACCGGGCCCAGCGGUCAGAGAGCCGGCCGUUUGUGUCUCCUUUGGGUCACGCCUGAUGAACCCAGAGGAAGGUUCUGCUGCACAUCUGCAUCUUUUAGCCAAGGUUCUGACUGAGGUUCUGAUGAUCAGGAGGAGAGAACAAGACGGUCAGAGAGUCUGCAGACAGAAGGAGUGCUGGAGCUUCCGCUGCGGUUCCUCCACUAGUCUGGAUUCAGGAGUCCAGAAACCUCCAGGCUGGGCUAAAAUGUUCCUAAAGCUUGUGGGUGAAAGCCAAACAGGCCAUGAUGUUCUGCUGCCAGCUGACCCAGGGGUACUUUCCAUCCUGCUGCUGGAGCGAGGCUUUGAUCUACGAUCCUACAGCCUUCUGGACAUGAACCACAGAGAGACGCUCUCUGCUCUAUGGAUGUUUUAGUUGGUUUCUUUUAGGCGGCUGAUACGUCAUGUCAUGCAAAGGAUUGUGGGAUACUUUAAGGCUUCUUAGUGCCAGUAAGGGACGCCAUGGGGUUCCUAGGCUAAACUAGCCGUGGGAGGAAGCAUUCAGGCUCCUUUUCCUGCCUCCUUCCUCGCUGAUGGACUUCCACUUUGGCUGGAGAGUCCAGACCUCAUCAGGUUGUUCUGAUGGAGCCUCAGGAGUCCAGCUUAAGUCCUUCAGGUCCCACCCGUCUCCGCUAACCUCUGCUGUGCCUCAGGCGGCGGCGGCCCAAGCCUCCAUGGGUCCCUAAGUGAAAUUUAACUCUAUUUCUGCCAAUAAUCUAAACUGCUGCAAUCAAAAGUCAGACGAUCCUAUCAUUGACACAUUCUAUAAACUCUGGCAGUGCUGUUUACAUAAGAUAUACGUGCCUAUAUGUAUAUAAAUCAUCCAGUGUUACUGAAAGUAAUAAAUAAAACUAAUAUACCAAGUAUUUACAGUAUCU